AUUGCCGCUGCGGGCCCAUGAGGCGGCCCUCCGGCCCUCACCCGCGCGCUCUCGCCACUAGGCAGCGAAGGGCGGCUCCGGCUGUGCCGCCGCCGCCGCCGCUCGCGUUCCCCAGGCCAUGGCGGGCGUCUUCGACAUCGACCUGGACCAGCCCGAAGAGGCGGCCUCGGACGAGGAGCUGGAGGAGGGGGGUCACUUAAGUGAAAGCAUGGACCAUGGGGGAGUUGUCCCAUAUGAGCUUGGCAUGGAGCAUUGUGAAAAAUUUGAGAUUUCGGAAACUAGUGUGAACAGAGGCCCUGAAAAGAUCCGCCCAGAGUGCUUUGAGCUGCUACGUGUCCUUGGAAAAGGUGGCUAUGGAAAGGUUUUCCAAGUUCGAAAAGUAACGGGAGCCAAUACUGGUAAGAUAUUUGCCAUGAAGGUGCUUAAAAAGGCAAUGAUUGUGCGAAAUGCAAAAGAUACAGCUCACACGAAAGCAGAGCGGAACAUCUUGGAGGAAGUCAAGCAUUCGUUCAUUGUAGACUUGAUUUAUGCCUUUCAGACUGGUGGAAAACUCUACCUCAUCCUUGAGUAUCUUAGUGGAGGAGAACUGUUCAUGCAGUUGGAGAGAGAGGGGAUAUUUAUGGAAGACACAGCUUGCUUCUACUUGGCUGAAAUUUCAAUGGCUUUGGGGCACCUGCAUCAGAAGGGGAUCAUCUAUCGAGAUCUAAAGCCAGAAAACAUCAUGCUCAACCACCAAGGUCAUGUUAAGCUGACAGAUUUUGGACUGUGUAAAGAAUCCAUUCAUGAUGGAACUGUCACGCAUACAUUCUGUGGAACAAUAGAAUACAUGGCUCCUGAAAUCUUGAUGCGGAGUGGGCACAACCGUGCUGUGGACUGGUGGAGUUUGGGGGCAUUAAUGUAUGACAUGCUGACUGGAGCACCCCCAUUCACUGGGGAGAAUCGAAAGAAAACCAUUGACAAGAUUCUCAAGUGUAAACUCAACUUGCCUCCCUACCUCACGCAAGAAGCCAGAGACCUGCUUAAAAAGCUGCUAAAGAGAAAUGCUGCCUCACGUCUAGGAGCUGGUCCUGGAGAUGCUGGAGAAGUUCAGGCUCAUCCUUUCUUCAGACACAUCAACUGGGAAGAGCUAUUGGCUCGGAAGGUGGAACCCCCAUUUAAACCGUUAUUGCAAUCCGAAGAGGAUGUGAGCCAGUUUGAUGCAAAAUUUACCCGUCAGACUCCUGUUGAUAGCCCCGACGACUCGACUCUCAGUGAAAGUGCCAACCAGGUCUUUGUGGGUUUCACAUACGUGGCUCCAUCUGUACUUGAAAGUGUGAAGGAGAAGUUUUCCUUUGAACCAAAAAUCCGAUCACCUCGCAGAUUCAUUGGCAGCCCACGGACACCAGUCAGCCCUAUCAAGUUCUCUCCUGGGGACUACUGGGGGCGAGGUACUUCCUCUGGCGUGGGAAACGCUCAGGCGCCCGUGGAGUACCCAAUGCAGACGGGUGGGAUAGAGCAAAUGGACGUGUCGGUCUGUGGGGAGGCCUCAGCUCCACUCCCUAUCCGGCAGCCAAACACCGGGCCCUACAAGAAACAAGCCUUCCCUAUGAUCUCCAAGCGGCCAGAGCACUUGCGCAUGAAUCUAUGAUGAAAUCAGCGGCAAUCAUUUCCAAAAACUUGCUUCUGGGUAGCAGCAACCGAACGCGAAGGAUGAACCUCCUGCUCCUCCUCCUGUGAGGGGCGUCCCCUCUCAUCACGCUGUAAACGAGGGCUCCUGCGGCUUCUUUCUCAGCGACAGUAUCCAAGUCGGCCAUCGCACGGAAUGAACUGGGAAAGAAGAGGGCAAAAAAAAAAACGUGGAUCCUUCUUUCUUCCUUCUCCUCGCCCCCUUUUGCCUCUCCUCCGAAUCAAUGGUGCAUUAACAGAGGACUUGAGCAAAAUAGUAUUGUGUGACUCUCAAAGCACAGCCGUGCAGCGUGUCCUGUGGGCACGUGCCAUUCUUUCAGCUCUCUUAUCAAGGAUUUUUCAGGUCGAUAGCUUCAGGCCGGACAGUAUUGAGGGUAGGGUGUGGCUUCUGUGCCGUACAGUCUGAAGGGUUAGCCUGGGUCACUGAGUCAAACGUGUGCAGAGUGUCACCUCUCGGGCUUGACCUCCCUCCCCGCCCCCAAGGAUUGGUUCGCCUGUAGGCGUAUUUCAGGUGGCUUCCUGCGGUUGUGUGAAAUUGGGGAUCCGAAGCAAACUCCAACCCUUGGUCGUUCCAUCUGCAAAAAAACAAACUUUUUUUAAAAGUAUAAAUAUAUAUAUAUAUAUAUAUUUUUCAAAUAGAGUCCCUCCCCCACUUUUUUCCCCAAGAUGGUUCAUUAUGGAAAGUAUCCCGGACUUUGAAUUAUAUGCAGAAUUAUUGGUUAGAUGGAGCUGAAGUCGGAGGGGGAAGAAGGCUUAAGAAUUUGUUUGCUCUCCUAGUGAAAUAAUGGAACUGGUUUGGGUUUUUUUAUAUAUAUAAAAAGAUUAAAUUGAAAUCACUGUUGUUAUUGGAAUGGGGUGGGUGAGAGAGUUCACCCUGCCUUGUCUUAUUUAAAAUGCCUCUUUCUACAGGAUCAGAUCAGGUGUCGCCCCCCCCCCCGCGUAAAACCCUAGCGGGCAUGGAAGGCGUGACCUCCAACUCAGCCCCUCCGUUUGCAUUGGGUUGUCUCCAGUGCUAAGCCUACCCUAGAGUAGCUUCAUUGACAUUAAAGGGCGUGACAGACUUGGGUCUCUUCGUUUCAGUGGUUCUGCUCUUAGCUGAAUUUAGUUUGGUACAACCCAUACAGCUCCAAGCAAGUGUGGAGGGGGGGGUCUCUCCCUGCCAGUACAGAGAGCUCCACACAUCCAUCAAAGUUGUCACCCACCCACCCCCUUCUUUGCCGUGGGUUUAUAGUACUGUCCUCCAUCAUUCUAAGCAGGAACCUGCUGGCUAAAGUUUCACCUCUAUAAUUUGUUUUAAGAGAUACCAGGAAUAUGUUAAGAUCGUUUAAGCCAUCAAAAAAAGAGAGAAAAGUAAAGGGUGUUAGAAAGGAAUACAACCACAGUAUCUUUUUAUUUUUUUACAAUUUACAUUUAUGCUGGUCUUGCAGCUUAAGUGGUAAUGCUUUGGAGAGAUGGUUUUCUGCCAUCUUUGCUCCGUUUCUCAUUUCCAUUAUGAAUUACAAAAAAAAACCCUUGUUUUUUUUCCUUUGUGCUGAGGCGAUCUAUCUACUGAUUGUAUUGAAGAAAACCACACACAGACACAAAGCAAAACACAACAAGUAUUAUUAAGAUGGCCUUCAACGAAUGUCUUCCAGAGAACUUUUGCAACUUAAUUUUAGGAAACGUUCAAAAGGUUUACUAUUUAUGUUUUCUGCGAUUGUUGUUGAAAAAAUAAAAUCUGUACAAAAGUGACUUUACAGGUACAAAGAAUUAAAUAAAGGUAUCUUCACCUUAACUUAA